AUGAGAGGCGCCGCGAUCCAGGGCCAGGGCCACGGCCUCGCCCGCGCGCCGCCGGCCGCCGUCCCGCUGCUGCACCCGCGGCCGCGGCGCGCCGUCGGAGCGGUCCCCCGCCACCGCCUGAGGAGCGACUUCCUGCCGCUGCUGCUGCCCACCGCCGCGCCCUUCCGGGCUCGCUCCCCGCCCUCUUCUUCUUCCUCUAAUGUGAACCCCGGGACAGGGGAGGGCGCGGACGAGCUGCUCGAGGAAUUGCUCCAGAAGCACGGCGAGGUCGUGUACAGCUCCGGCGGGGCCAGCAGCGCGGCCCUGGCCAGCGAGGCCGACGAGGACGCCGAGUGCCUGUCACUGGCCGUUUCUCUGGCUAAAGUUGCAAGCGAGGUCAAGGCCGCCGACAUCCGUGUGCUGUUCGUGAAGCCGAUUGUCUACUGGACCGAGUUCUUCAUCAUCCUCACCGCCUUCUCGAAUGCGCAGAUUGAGGCCAUCAGUUCCAAAAUGAGAGACAUAGGUGAGCAGCAGUUCAGCAGAGUUGCGUCUGGUGAUACAAAACCCAAUUCAUGGACCUUGCUGGACUUUGGCGAUGUCGUCGUGCAUAUAUUCCUUCCCCCGCAGCGGGAAUUCUACAACCUGGAGGAGUUCUACGGCAACGCCACCCCCAUCGAACUCCCUUUCGAGACCCAGCUGCAGUAA